AUGUCAGCACGAGUUAAGAUCAACUCCCAAGAGCUGAACACCAGCGGAGGAGGAGCUGUCGAAUACGGUCGCACACAGAAAGGAGGUGUUCGACGCCGAGGUGCUGGGCCGGGAUUGGUGCAAUUUUCGAGAGGGGGAACAUCCGUGUCGAAUGUUGUGGGACGCUCCAUCCAACAAGGUGCACACUGCAUUGAAAGCGGCAAUGAUUACAUUUUCGCGAAACGACAGCAGAAACAACCAAAUGUGCGACAAAUUGCGGUAACUCAAUUCAAACACGAUGGAUCAGCAGUGCUUCGAGAGCAGCACCCAUCGGGAACGGAAGGAGAACAACGAACCCUGAAAAGAAAUUUUCAAAUGCAUACGAUCGCAAGGGAGAAUCUGCAGCAUUUUCUAUACGCAUAUAAAGAGUCACCUAAGGAGCCUGGUCUCCGACUGAUCCACGACGCAAAACAAAGCCAAGCUCAACGCAAGGAUCGUGAACACCAACAUGCGUUGAAACAUCUUCGCGCCGCUGUGCGUUACUCUUCUGACUGGUGGAUUGGACGAGUUGUCGCCGCCGAGACGACAAUCGGUUUCAUACCGACAGCAAGAAGAUUGGCUCGACUCAUAGAACAGAACGAGGAAGAACAGGAAAAAGCUGCGACAGAAAAGAAUGCGAUCGUAACAAAACAAGCUGAAAUCUGGGAGUACCCAAACCCGUAUACAGUGGUCCCAUCGACUCGUCCUAUCAUACUACUCGGUCCAUGCUAUCAAUCGUCAAGACUUACACAAUUGAUGCAUGCCGCUGUGCGUUCGGCGAUAGUGAAGAAGUUCGGGAGUCGCGUGCGUCGACUGACUACUGAUAUCGGAGACAAAGGCUCGUCGAAACUGACAUUCGAUAUCAACGAAAGAGAGCUUCGUCUCAUAACGGCUAUGACCGAAGAUCUACAUCUGGUUCUACUCGAAUGCCCAAACAUCAGCACACCGGCUGAUGUUGCUCAGCUGAACAUGGCUCCUAUAAUGUUUUUAUUUCGGAUAAGUAACAGAAAGAUUUUGCUCAAACUACUUAAGAAAACAGGCAUCAAAGGAGGGAACGCUGUAGCAGGUGCUGACGCACUCAAUCAGUUGACACCGGAUUUGGUGGAUAUUAUCAUCGAGGACAACGGUCUACACGAAGCCACAAAGAAAAUCUUUAAAUUCUUGGAAGCUUACUGGUUAGCUCUACAUCCAACUACACCAAUUCUGGAAGAGGAAUAUCUUGAAAAGGGAACGAACUUGAAUGCUAAUGAAGAGGCGCACUACAGGGAACACGGUUGUGGCUCAACAAAGCAUUUUGAUCGAAGUAACAAAUAA